AUGGCUGCCGCCGCCCCUCCCCUUCUCCCCACCACCGUCCUCCCCGCCGAAACCGUCACGGCAACCCCAGCACCCACCUCCGUCUCCUCCGCCGACGCCAACCCGGCCGCCACGCGGGCCUUCCUCUCCCGCCUCCUCGACUCCGUCAAGCGCGCGCUCUCCGGGGCGCGCCCCUGGCCGGAGCUCGUCGACCGCACCGCCCUCUCCCGCCCGGACUCCCUCUCCGACGCCACCGCCCGCCUCCGCAAGAACCUCGCCUACUUCCGCGUCAACUACGCCGCCAUCGUCGCCCUCUCCCUCGCCGCCUCCCUCCUCGCACACCCCUUCUCCCUCGCCGCGCUCCUCGCCCUCCUCGCCGCCUGGUGCUUCCUCUACCUGCUCCGCCCCGCCGACGCGCCCCCGCUCGCCGCGUUCGGCCGCACCUUCUCCGACAGGGAGACCCUCGGAGGCCUCAUCGUCGCCUCCACCUUCGUCGUCUUCCUCACCUCCGUCGGAUACCUCAUCUUCUCCGCGCUCACCCUCGGCGCCGCCCUCGUCUGCGCGCACGGCGCCUUCCGCGUGCCCGAGGACCUCUUCCUCGACGAGCCCGACCAGGCCAACGGUGGCGCCUCCGUCAACCUGCUCUCCUUCGUCUCCAACGCCACCGGAGGCCGCGUCUGA